AUAUAUAUAUAUUGAUAUAUAUAUAUUGAUUAAAUAUUUUAGAUGAUCCCAAAAAUGAAUUCACAUUGUACUGGCGUGUUAUUAGCCUCGAAAUUUCUGUUGUCAAGUCGUUAAAAUUUUUCAUAAUCUGGUUUGAUUAACAUUUGCCUGUUUUAGUCAGCAAAGUUUCUAUUAGUUCACAGCCAGAAUUAUGACACUUUAAUCAUUUAUAUCGCAGAUUAACGUAUAACAUAAGUGAACAUCAUGAAGGACCUGCUGCAUUGUAGUGCCCCUGGCAAAUGACAAUUCAAUAUUUUUCAAAACCAUUGUUAAAUUUAUAGGUUACUAGUCGCAUCGACCGCUCGUUAUCUCUAUACAUUCCAUUAGAUUCGAAAGAAAUUUGUUUAGCUUUACCUUGAAUUCGACCCAUGAGCCGCGGAAAGGGUCUUCUUUUUUUCCUUUUUCGCAUUCAUCACAGUUAACACAUUGGUUAGAAUGUUGCGUUGUUUACGGCACUCAAAAACUCAUACGCAUGAUUUGGAAUCAACAGCAGUUGCCGCCGCCGCCACCACCACCACCACCACCCCACCGCCGCACACAACUGAACAAAUUAAACAACAAUGCAAUGAUAUGCAGAAGAAAUUUCAAGAGCCGAUUAAAAUUCUGUUAUUGGGCACAGCCGAAUCUGGGAAGACGACUAUAAUUAAACAGAUGCGUAUAUUGCAUAUCAAUGGCUACACUAAUGAUGAACGCCGCGAUCAAAUUCCUGAAAUCUAUCAAAAUAUACACGAAUCUGUUUAUCAAUUAGUACAGCAUAUGACCAUAUUAGGCUUGGAAUAUCAAAGUUGCGCCAGUAGAAAUAGUGCAGCGUAUAUUAUCUCAUUGGGUGAGACGGCACCUGAGUAUAUGGAUGAGGAGUAUUGCGAUCAUGUUAUGACAUUAUGGAACGAUUUGGGCAUCCGCACUUGCUUUGGACGUUCGAAUGAAUUUCCUUUAUUGGAUAGCACUAAAUAUUUUCUUGAUAAUUUCGAGCGUAUUUCCGACUACGAUUAUAUACCGAGCACAGAGGAUAUUUUGCAUAGUCGUAAAGUAACUACGGGUAUACAUAAAAUUACGUUUCGUGUAAAAAUUCCGAAAACGUUAGGCGGCGGUGAACAAGAGUUUCGCAUGUAUGACGUGGGUGGUCAACGUGAUCAACGGAAUAAAUGGAUACAAGCUUUCGAGGGUAUUCAAGCCGUUUUAUUUCUCAUAUCGUGUGCGGAUUUCGAUCAAUCGUUACGUGAAGAUCCUUUGCAAAAUCGUUUACAAGAAGCUUUGAAUUUAUUUCGCGGCGUAUGGCAAAAUCGUUUUCUCGCCUCGGCCGGUAUAAUUGUUUUUCUCAAUAAGCAAGACAUUAUGGAGCGUAAGAUACGAACGGGUACACAUAUAGUCGAUUAUUUUCCCGAAUUUGAAGAGUUCUGCAAUAGCCCACAAGCUGAAAACUAUUUCGAUGAAUGUGACUGGACGAAAAAAUUUAUUAAACAAAAAUUGAUCGAUAUUACGCAAGAGCCGGUGAAACGACCCUCACGAAAUAAAAUGGAUUACUCGAAACGUGAAUGCUAUUAUCAUUUCACUGUGGCCACCGAUACCAGCUGUAUACGUAAAGUAUUCAACGAUGUACAUCAAAUGAUAUUGCACGAGCACAUGGCUAGCGUGGCUCUGUUGUGAUAUUGUGACAGUACAUUUUUAUUGUAGACUGUGAUUAAUCAAAUAAUUAAGCUUUACAUUUUUGCCCUUAUUAUUAUUAUUAUUAUUU